GUGGGCAUACAAAAGAAAUACUCAGUUUGAUUGAACAUCUUGGAGAAAAUUAUCAGCCUAGAUAUUACAUUAUGGCAAAUACAGAUAAGAUGAGUGAAGAUAAAGUACAAACAUUGGAGUCUUCCCGGCAAAAUGAGUUUAAAAUAUACAAGAUUCCACGGAGUCGAGAGGUGAAACAGUCAUGGAUAACAACAGUUUUAUCAACUCUUAAUGCUUCACUUCACUCAUUCCCUCUAGUGUUCAAAAUUAGACCAGAUAUUAUUUUAUGUAAUGGUCCUGGAACAUGCAUACCUGUCUGUUUCGCUGGCAUUCUCUUAAAGAUGUUUUAUGGAGUAAAGGUGAUCUAUGUAGAGAGUAUAUGUCGGGUGGAAACUUUAUCUCUCUCAGGAAAAAUACUCUACCAUUUUGCUGAUACUUUAAUUGUCCAAUGGCCACAACUCCAACAAAAAUAUCCAAAAUCUUUGUACAUUGGACGCAUUGUUUGAGGAGCAGAGUCUGUGUACUUGGUACGCUUUGUUUGAGGAAUAGAAAGAAUAUAAUCUGUGUUUAGGACUUGGGGAAUAGUUUACUGGGCAAUUUUGAGUUAAAUGAUUUCAUCACUGAAAAAAAAAAAUAAUAAUACAUUAAUUUUGUACUAUUGAUAAUGCAGUAACUUAAUAAUAAACUGUAAUAAAAAUACCUGUAAAUCUAGUAAAAGCAUCAUUUAUUACCAUAUGUCAUUAUCAUUAUGUUUGACAAAGAUGUUAUACAAAUGUAGCAGUGAAAACUGGUAUUUCUUGUAAACAGUAAAGUGACAUUAUACUCAUUUUUAUGCCCCCACAGAGUGGGAGCAUAUAGCGUUGCACUUGUCCGUCCGUCCGUCUGUCCCAAAAUCUUGUGAACGCAACUCCUCUUAAACCGGAAUUUUCGCUGCGACCAAAUUUAACAGAAUUAUGGCCCUUUGUUGAAGUUUCACUAUAUACUAUGUAGAAAUUUUGUGAACGCAACUCCUCUUAAACCGGAUGGCAGAUUUUGCUUAAACUUCCAGAGAUGAACAACCUUAAUGUGUAGAUGGUAGUAAAGGAAGGAAUUUUAGCUGCAACCAAAUUUAAAAGAAUUAUGGCCCUUUGUUGAUUUUUUCACUAUAUACUAUGUAGAAAUUUUGUGAACGCAACUCUUAAACCGGAUGGCAGAAUUUGCUAUAACUUCCAGGGAUGAACAACCUUAAUGUGUAGAUGGUUGUAAAGGAAGGAAUUUUUGCUGCGACCAAAUUUAACAGAAUUAUGGCCCUUUGUUGAUUUUUAGUUUUCAACUUGUGGCACAUGUAGUCCAAAAAAUAUUUGACCUAGGAUCAUAAGAUUGACAGAACAGUGGCGUGUGGGGGCAUCCGUGUCCUAUGGACACAUUUCUAGUUUUACUUUUAAGCCGAGAUCCAUAUUUUGUAUAUUUCAAAAGAUUGACAUUUUGAUGGGGGUUGGGUAAUAAAUGAUAAUUAUAAUUGUUUAGGAUAAUAUAUAAAACCUGCAUAUAAUAUGAAAAGACUACCACACGCUUUUUUUAUGAAUUGAAAAUUACAGAUAAUCUCCUAGGGAUAUUUAUAGAUAUUUAUGGUGGGUUUUUAAUUACUCAAUUGUCUUUUAUUAUAAAAUUAAAAACAAUUAUAACAAAGUGAAAAGUGAAUUUAAUUUUACCUGAACACUCGCCAUCUACUCUUGUAUGGGCAUAAUGUCAUUUGACAAUGUAAACAGUUCGUACACAAGUGGUUUCACAUUGAUCACCAUGUGGACCUUUGUCUUCUUGUUGAAGAUACAAAUGUAUUUUACCAACAAUUUAAGGUACAGUUGCCAAAACUCUUUAAUAAAUUCCUGUUAAACAGUC